AUGCUACUUCGACACCAGCUGCCGAUGAGUGAGGCAGCCAAGGAACGAGGCACUUCGAGGACAGAAUUUGUACACAAUGCAGCCUCCUGCAUCGUGGCGAUUACGACGCAUCUCUAUUUGGGGCCUGCGGCAUUGAUUCUGUCAGUGCAAUAUCAACUUCGAGGUCAAGAGGCAUCCUUGUCUGCCUUUCUGGUCAACCCAGUCAAGCAGACAGACAUUAUGCAAGAUGUCCAGUGUGGUCGAAUAGGAGAGAUGUUCACGGGCAACAUCCUUUACCAGAUCAUUUUCUGGCUCUUGCAGUGGGAGACUGGGAUAGACACCUUGCUUCAUCACAUAGGCUUCUUCCUGGCGGGCCUCUUAGUGCUACAUUUGGGCGUUUAUCCCAAGUUGGCCAGCAGCGCUAUGAGCAUGGAGGUGUCGAGCGUAUUCCUCAGCACGUCGCUUGACAGGGAGAGUCUGAGAGAAAGUUCCCCGGAACCGAGCUGA